GAAACCAUUGUGUUUAUUAGUGGCGACAUCCUCUUUUUUUUCCUGAGCUCUGCUAUGGUUUCCAUUCACUCUGCAGCCAUUUAUUCUAAGAAGUGUCUCAGUUUGAUCUCCUUUUCUUGAACUAUGUGUGCUGCACACGUCGGUUAAAGCGUCUAAGCGAUAUAUAAUCUUCAAUGUUGUCUCUAAUCCCGGACAUUAUUCUGGCGGGCUUCAGUGUUAGCUUGUUGCCCUGUUAGCUUCAGCGAUGACCGAGUUUUUCUUUUCGCGUAUUUCGGCUGUUUGUUGAACCGAAGAUCUUAAAAAUGACGAGUGAGAAAAGUGACACCAACGAGGGGGACACCAGCCCUAAAUCGGAGACAAACGAGCACGACUAUGCCCACGCCGUGGCAGGUAACCCCUCCUCCUCCUCCGUCAUACACACACAGGUGAGCUUUACCACACCGGCCGAGCCUCCGGAGCAGUCGACCCUGCAGGUUGAGCUUCCGGAGCCGGCUGUGGGUGCGGAGGUGGACUGCCUCGGUGGACACGAUGCGGACGCGUCCUCUCAGCAAGAGACAACCGGAGACCCCCAAAGGUCGGCUGCGUCACACCUGUCCGGUUCCGCCGCGGUGUCUCGAACAACAGGCGCCCGCCGUCGAAACCCCGUGCGGCGGCCGGAGGACAGAAACUGCGGCAGCUGCAGGUGUGAGUUCGAGCGGCAGGGCCGGAGCUUCAACCGGAGAGCGGUGUACACCUUCACCACCCCGGAGACCGUGCACUGGGUCUUCCCGGAGACCACCGUGCACGACAAGUCCUUCCUGUGUGAGACCUGCGCGCAGGUCAUCAGGAGCAAAUGCAAGCGCAAACAGAGCACGAAGAGGUCCCUGUGGCUGAAACCUCCUGUCACUCAACAGUCAAAACUGAAAGACAAGAGGAAGAAUGACCGCAGGAUGGGGAAGAAGAGCAAAGCAGCCCUGCUGGUGAGCAAGUCCUGCUACAAGGCCGCUUUAAAAAUGCUCUGGUCUGCCAAAGGAGCCCGCAAGCCCAUGAUGGAGUUCUGGAGAAAACAGCUGAAGGAGGAGAUGAAGGCACUGACACGACAUACUGACAGUCCUUUCCAGGAGAAGGUGUCGAGCAAGAAGCCGCUGUCCUCCUUCCCCUGGCGUCGCUGUCUGGACUGGGCCCAGGAGAAAGCUCCACUUGUCUCCACCUGCCUCACCUCGCUGUUUCCCGACAUCAACGCCCUCUCCAAGAGCGGACAUCAGCUGUCGGAGGAGCAGGCUCAGACGCUGCUGGAGCGCCGGACCGUGGUGGCACUUUCCAUCCCGCUCUUUACCAGGAACGUCUGGAAGAACAACUUCCUGCAAGCGGCUCUGGGGGCUGAGCUGCGCCUGCAGGGCUGCACUAGCUCCGCCCUCGAGGCCCUCAACACCAUGGGCCUGUGUCAGAACAAAGACACCGUCAGGCUACUUCUGCAUCGGCUCCGAAACAGCAAGAAGAGUUCACAGAACGGAGGACAGAGAAUGAAGAUGCAGAUUAAAGGAGAACAGAUGGCAGAUGUGGUGGAAGAGGAUAUAGAGGAGGAUGAAGAAGAAGAAGAAGAAGAGGAGGAUGAGGAAGAAGAAGACGACGAGGAUGAGGAAGAAGAGGAAGAAGAAGAGCAGGAAAUUGAGAUGGCAGUAGAGGAAGAAGUGGAAGAGGCUGAGGUGCAGGACGAUGUGCCAAUGGAGGAAGACGAGGAUCAAGCAGCAGCAGCAGAGGAGGAGAAGAAGAGGAAGCGUAAGAAGGCGAAGAAGCAAAAGAAGGAGGAGAAGAGGAAGGAGAGAGGAAAACGCAAGGUGAAGGAGCGAGAGGAGGCGGAGCAGCAGGAGGAGGAGGACGAUGAAGGGUCGGAGCAGAAGAAGAGGAGGGUGGUGGUGGUGAGGCUCGGCCUGCUGAAGGGACACUCGGAGGUUGGACGAUCCGACCUGUCAGCUCCCUGAGACUCUGUGAAGUCGGCACCGGGAACUCAACGUGCCCCAUCACAGUCAGAAACGAGACUGAGGCCACGUCUUCUUUUUUCCUGGAGACUGUUCAAAGGCAUUCUGGGAGUUGAAGGAGGUUAGUCAUUGUUGAGGGAAACUAAAAAAAGCUUUAAGUUUUCAUUUUUUUGAUCUUAUGUUAAUGUGAGCCAUGUGAGGUGAUCUAAAGGACUCAGAAACAUUUCUCCUUUGAACAAACAAUAAAACAGCAACAGAUUAUUGAUCAUGAUUAUCUGCAUCCUUUUUUCCCCCUGAUGGUAAAAUGUUUCAGGUUUGCUGAUCGUGCCGACGUCUUCUUUUGUUCCACCUUUGAUACAUGAUGGUAGCAGCGCCUUCACUAUGUUUCUCUUUACAGACCGCUUAGUUUUUUAGAAAUUUGACUAGAAACAAACUUAAUUUAAAAAUCCGAGAGGUUGUUUUGGCAAAACGAAUGGGAAACUAGCGGUGGGGAGUUAUGAUGACGCACAAGAAGCAAUCCUAAAGACCUGUGCUGUAAAACAUUUCAUUUAUUUAUGAGUUGAUUUAACCUGUAAGAUGGAAACUUCUCUACUGAAACCAAUAAAUAAAACAACCACACACAUCACAUGACACAUCUAUAAAUUCCAUUUUUAAUUCUCUUUAAAUUUACUACAAAAAAACUCAUUUUCAAAUCCUGAGAAGACUUCUGGACGGAGCUACGUAAAUGUGAUCCAGCGACGGGGAGGUGAGAUGAAUUACGGGCUUUUUGACAAUUUCUUCAACUCCUCCCCCUCGCACAAUAAAUACAUAAAAACGUGCUGAUUUUUAGUUUAACUCCACACAUGCUCUUAAACUUUGGUGUAGUGACCUCAUAAGCCACCAGGGUAAAAAACAACAACCAAAACAAUCUGAUCUUUUAAAGAUGUUUUUAGGGAUAAUAAUGAAACAUGCACUGAUGUCUGUAUCUGCUGUUUAUCUGUUGUGUCGCAUCAACUUCACUGAUAAACCGGACAGUUGACUCGGAGAAGAGGUUCUUUAUGGGGCAGAAGAAGUCACCUGUUGGACAAACUGAUUGGUUUUUCAUGAUCAGUGUGGAAGUCGUACAGCGUCUCUGAGAAAAGAUCAGCAGCAUGCAGUUUGUAAUGUUCCAUUGAAGAGGAGGGACUGCUAACUACAAUUUAAAUACAUCUGAUAUCUCAUUUGGAAAGCAUGAAGAAUAACCCAAUAGUCAUUAAAAAAAUGCCAGAAUUGGCUAAAUUGUUACUUUAAAAUUAAUUAUUGGUAUCAGCCCUGAUCUUUACAGUCAGAUAUGGUAAUUUACACCCUGUGACGCUUCAACUUCAAGAAUGUCACCGAGGCCUGACAGGGAGAUAAAGUGACUCCCCUCUCUGCAUCCUCUUCAGAGGCAGCAGGGGAGCUCAGUGCUGUGCGUGUGGAGCUCCCGCUGUGCCGCGCUUCUGCAACAUCAUAACACAAUGUGAAUUCACAGACUUAACUGGGACACCAACAUUACGCUGCCACUGAAUCGCUAUGAAUGUACAAAGAAGUGAUGGCGGCUGAGCUUACAGUCUGAAAAGGGCUAAAUGUUAGAAUGAGAGGGAGAGAAAAAGACUCCACUUGUGGGGAAGAAUUCAUGUAGAAAGUACAUUGAAGGAAAAGUGCAGCAGAUCUAAAGGUUAAAAAUACUUCACUGUGUAAUCCUGAUUAUGGUUGAAAUGUAGGCUGCUCCUUAAAAAAUAUUUCUAAUAUCUCCAUGACAACUUGUCUCUAACAGGUAGAAAUGUGUGAAUCAUGCUCAUUGAAAUGUUUUCAGAAGAAAACCCAAAGACUUCAUUAUCCGUCAUGAAUUACAAAGAAAAGCUGUGAAUCCUCAUUAAGCCUGAAACAGGUUUGACAUUUUUGCUACAAAAACAAAUAAAAAAACGCUUAAUCACUAA